AUGCUGAAACCGCGGGACCUGGGCCCCGGGGCGUCCACGCAAACUUUCCUGGAGGCCAUGAGGGCUGGCCGGAUGCAUCUGGCGCGCUUUGUCCUGGAUGCCGUCGAUGGGGCUAUUGUGGAUUGGCGAUCGGACCGGGGCCGUUCGCCUCUCAUGUACGCCGUGCUGCUGAAGGACCCGGCGUGGCGACUGGCCUUUGCGCGACUGUUGCUGGAGCAUCACGCCGCCGUCAACCUCGGCGACGACGCCGGGCGCAGCGCCCUCAGUCUGGCCUGCGAGCGCGGCUAUUUGGAGGUCACCAAGCUGCUGGUUCAGUUCGGCGCCGACCCAGACACGGUGGACGCGCGCGGCUGGAGCCCCCUCAUGUACGCCGCCUCGGAAGGGCGGACGUCGGUGGUGGAGUGGCUCCUGCGCGCCUUCCGUCGCUUCGGGCAGCUCCGCCUCGAGCGCGCCGACCGCGCCGGCCAUACGGCACUCCAGCUGGCCGCCAGCGGGGGCCACCACCAGUGCGUGAAGGCCCUGCGCUCGGCCGGCGCCUUGCUCCUCAUCUUCCCACAGUCGCCGUCGUCGCAGGCCGGAGACGACGACGACGGGGCCGCGUCGGCUGCUUCUCCCCCGCUUCGCGCGGCCAGCGAGCGGCAACUGCCGCUAGACCAGCGGAGCGCGGAGGAGCUGAGAUUCCAAGGGGAGGAAGAAGAGGCAGAAGAAGAAGAAGACCUUGGUGGCCCAGAGGCGAAAAAGGAGCCUUCGGCGACAAGGGGCCGCCAGCUGAUUCGCAGGUCCACGGCGCCUGACUGUCAGAGUCUCCUCAGCCACUGAUCGUGGGCGCUAGCGGGCGGGCAGCUGGCGGUGACCCGCUUUUCCUGAAGAGCCGCGGCUCGUUGCAGACGCCUGUCUGGUCCCCGCUUCGUCCCGAAGACGGCGCCGUUAGGAGUGCAUCCGAUCCAGCUUUGCUUGACACAUUUCUGGGGUUGCCCACUCCGUUAAGUCGUGCUGUUUACUUCAGCUCGUUAGUAUUUUACAUUUCUGCGUCGCUAGCGGGUGAAUGCCCUGGAUGUGACUUCUCGGGAAGGUUUUCUUCAACAAGCAAAUUAGAAGUUUAUUUUUCUUUGCUUAUUAAAUGCGGCGGAUACCUGUUCGGUCCCUUUAUGUGUGUGUGUGUUUUUAUGUCUUUUCCUAUCAAAGCUAUGCAAUAGUUUGUUAAUGCUUCUCCCUACCCU